AAUGUUUUCCGAUACGUUAAAACAUAGAACCUCGGGCGUUUUGAAAGCAGUAACAUGUAUGUAAAUACAGCAUAUAACUCGUGUUUUUGAAAUCAUGGAGUGUAUGUGUUAAGAGUUGAAAUGUCUGCAAACGUGCAAAAUCACUUUAUGGCAUAUAGCCAACAUGAUAUAACAUGCUGCUAUUAUGGGACAUUCGCAUAGGCUAUCGAAGUUAUUUUCAAACUGCAUUAUGUAGCGGCAUAACUUUCAUGUAAUGCAUUGUCAAUAUUAUUCUUAUUUUUUUAAAAAGAACAUAAUACCUAUUGACUCAAUGUGAGAACAGCACUCCUGCCAUGUUUGGAUUCAGACGCGUCAAUUGUUUAUGAGUUGCUACCGUGCCCCGCAUCCAAAGCUGUCAAUCCAGCACUUUACUAAGAACGAAAGGGAGGAUGUUAAUUCCACUCAAGGGACCGUAACAAUAUCACUUUACUUAACUAACUGUUAAGUAAUAGGAAAGACAAACUAACAACUAAACACGGGGAGAAUGGGCCAAGGUUGUAUUUUAAAGAAGGAAAAGGCUUUCCUGCAAUUCAAACCACUUGUUUUAAAGAACACGUGCAAAACAUUGAUGCACAUAGUCAGGACGUGUUCUUCAGCUUGAGGUCUUUGAGACAUUUAGAAGUUUAUAAUUUACUGCAAGACGUAUUUAUUAUAAUAAUACAAAAAAAUAGUAAUAAUAACAAUAAUAUAAAAACAAAAGCGUACCACAGGGAGUUUGCAAAAACAGAAAAUUGUAGCCUAUGUCUAAAAGAAAAUGCAGCUGGUUAAAAAAUAAAGAAAAAAAGAGCAGACAUUUAGGAAUUGUUGUUUAUACGAUUAAUUAGGCCCACAACAGCAAAGACUGCAAAAAUAAAAUAUGAUAUAUAGAGAUUUGAAUUUAAGAACAGCAUUUCUACCAAAGGUACUGCGGCUACUGGCCUUAAGCAUUGUUUGAGAAAGAGUUGCAAAUAGAGAAUCUAAUUCGCCUGAAACAUCUGUCAGAACUUGUGCUUUUUAAUGAAUAGUUUUUAGUUUUUAAGUUUAGCUAGAAUAUUAAGUCACUAAAAUGCGUUAUAUACCUGCAUACCCCGUUUAUAAUCGCCAUGUACGCCCGUUUCAUGAUAUUUUUGUUAUUUGUAUUAGUUGGAUAUUUAUAUAAAAAUGUUAUGUGCAGUGAAAUAGUUAUUGAAAUGUCAUAUUUACAGCACACGUGAAUCAAAUUAUUAUGUUUUAUUGACAUACAUGAGAUGGGAGCUGUCAACUAGCCUUCAACUUGAAAAUACCAAAAAUAAAAAUACAUUUUAAAAAGCUUUAGCCUAAUAUAUGAUUUAAAAAAGUUAAUAAGCAAAUUUAGGUAUUUUUCGUAUAUUAAAACCAACUAUUCUAAAAACGAAUUCCAUUCUGUUAGGGACAUGUCGAAUACAACAUUACAAAGUUGUCACUGGAGUUAACCAGGCACUGAGCGUAAUGGUGAGGACACAUGAAGCGAGUUGGUGGGAAAGUUCCCUCCAGUUUUACGUUGUAUUUUCGCUCCAGUUAACUUGAGCACAGUCCGCUGACAGUCACACAGUCCUCAUUAUCUCACUUCAGUGGAACUCGGGUAAAUCCCAGUUUCACCAUUGAGACAACACGAGAGAAAUCCUGCAAUUCCUUUCCGCUUUAUGUGUUUCUUUACUAUUCGUAUAUACAAUCCUAACAAUCUGCAUUCACAAAAUACAGAGUGGUAAUGAACAAGCACAGAUAUACGGUAGAUGUAAUAUAACAUAACCUUAUCACAAUACAAUUCAGCAGCAGUGUGCUCUUGUUAAUAUACUAUAGAGAAAUACUCGUUAAACUUAAAUAACGUCCAUAAAUGUACUAAGCGAUAUUUUGAAAUAUUUUGUAUUCGGCUUUUUAUACGUAGGUCUGUUGUUGAAAUGUUAUAUUGUAGAAUUAUAUUAUCAAUAUUUACUUCGGAAUUCAACUCUGAGAUAUAGUCUAAAAGCACUUUCUUUUUUAGUUGAGUUAUAAUCCCUGACAUUGAAAUAAAAAAAUGACCUGUUUCAAGUAGGCUAUAUUGUUUAUAGGACUAAACAAAUAAAAUAUAACAAAUACACUACUUUUCAGUAGGCCCAAUACAACUGUAUUUGAUUCAUCAAUUAGCUGUUUCUCUUAUUAAUUUAUUUUCAGAAGCCCGAAUAUUCUCCUUUUAUUAUUUUUGGGAUAUGUAAGCGCAUUGUCAAUAAAACGUUAUUCCAGUCAACAGUAAUGUAAUUUAAAUAGUAUAACUUUAUAGGGAUGUCAUAUGUAUUUUACUACAAUUUAAAGUUAUAACAUCGUAAAUAAAAUGCAAAAAAAAAAAAAAAAAAAAAAAAAGAGACGGAUGCGAAGCGCAGAACAAAAAUACAUUUCCUCCUGGGAAUCUAUCGAGGCUUCACUGCGCUAUUGUUUUUAGUUGAGCUAUCUUUUUCGGGGGAAAGGUUAUGCGUAUCUUUAAUUAACCCACCUGGAAUGGGUCCGAAGGUGGGUGAAUUUAUUCAGAGCCUGUCGUGCUGGAAAGGUGUCGCGCUUAAAUUAUCUUGACGAAUUAGAUCAUGUUGAAGAAAGAAAAAUAAGCACCAAAGCGUCAGAAUAAACUUCCCUGCUUAGACAACCCCUCCACCCUGUCUCCAAACACAAUCUCCCUAAUUAAUUAUACCUGCAGAUCUUAACAACACCCCCUCCCGUUCUAAAAGAAAUAAUCAACAAACUCGUGUCAUAAGGUGAAGAUUCUCUCUCCAUCAGCGGUCACUUCUGAAGUCCCCAAACAGACAUAAAGAAAUACGCAUAUAGGAACUAGUUGAGGAAUCUAUCGAGUUCUAUUGAGGCCUUCCGUUAGCGUCCAAAGUGAAGAUGGGAAGUAAAGCACUGCCCGCUCCAAUCCCUCUGCAUCCGUCCAUUCAGCUGACCAACUACUCUUUCCUCCAAGCAGUCAACACCUUUCCGGCUGCAGUGGAUCACCUGCAGGGCUUGUAUGGACUGAGCGCAGUGCAGACCAUGCACAUGAACCACUGGACACUGGGCUACCCCAAUGUGCAAGGCCUCAGGUCUACAAUCACCGAAAUGGCUGCUGCUCAGGGCUUGGCAGACACCAGGUUUUCUUUCCCCGCUUUACCCUUCGCAGCACACCUUUUCCAUCCAAAGCAAGGCACCAUAUCUCAUGUACUCCCAGCCCUACACAAAGACAGGCCAAGGUUUGACUUUGCCAACCUUGCAAUUGCUGCCACACAGGAGGACCCGCCAAAGCCUAGAGACCUUUCAAAACUGAGCCCGGGGCUGGGGAGCCCCAGCUCGGAGAUAAACAAACUUUCCCUGGAUCGGAAACCCACUAGAGGGAGGCUGCCUUCCAAGACUAAGAAAGAAUUUAUCUGCAAGUUUUGUGGCAGACAUUUUACCAAGUCAUAUAACCUGCUCAUCCACGAAAGAACCCACACUGAUGAACGGCCAUACACCUGUGAUAUUUGCCACAAGGCCUUCAGAAGACAAGACCAUCUUAGGGACCACAGAUAUAUCCAUUCCAAAGAAAAACCAUUCAAAUGCCAGGAAUGUGGGAAAGGAUUUUGUCAAUCGAGGACUUUAGCUGUGCACAAAACAUUACACAUGCAGGAAUCACCUCACAAAUGCCCAACAUGCGGAAGAACCUUUAAUCAAAGAAGUAACCUGAAAACUCACCUUCUUACCCAUACAGACAUCAAGCCCUUCAACUGUGAGCAGUGCGGGAAGGUGUUCCGGCGCAACUGUGACCUGCGGCGGCACAGCCUGACACAUACGCCCCAACAGGGCUACUAGCCGCUAGCUACUUGGGCCUAAACUUUCCUAAAAACUUUAUCUAACAACAGACUCUCGGAAUUUAUAGCAAUAACGGACUUUCUGACUUGUAAAACACAAACUGCGGGAAAAAAAAACAAAAAAAAAAAAACGCCUUCUCAUUAAUUGUGUAUAUAGUGGCUCGUAUGCUGAGCUUUUGUAAAUACUGUUUUUGUACUGUCCUUUUUUGGAUACAAAUUGUAAAAGUUUUGUAAUUUGAAAAUAUGUUUAAACAAAUUGUAUUUUAGAAAUAAAAUAUGUUUACUAUUCACAUUUUAUUACGUUGUUUUUCAUUUUCUGUUUAUGUUUUGAAAAGGAAGCUGGUAGUCAAUAAAGAAGGCACGCUUAAAGUGGA